CUUAUUUGCACUAAUCUUGAUGAACAGGAAUUAAUCUCCAAAAUCGAGAAUGAACUCAAAGAUCUGGAAAACAGUAGAAAAAAAUCGGGCAAAUGGUACCAUCGGAGGCAAGCUGUAAAAGAAUUGCAUAGUACACUGAUACGCCUUUUAAAUGAAUUGCUGCCAUGGGAACCAAAGUUAAUGAAGGCUUUUCAGAGAAACAGGAGCCGCCUGAAGAAAGACUAUGAUGAUUUCCGAAGACAACCUGAUUAUGGUCAGUUCACUAGAGAACUGUGGACUUCUGAAGAAUGUGAAGGGAACCCUGAGAGAGAUCCUCCUACAGCAGAAAUCAGUAAGUCUGUAGAUGCAGCAGAACCUCUAGACAACCUGGAGAAAGAACACGUGGAUUCUGAUGAUAUGAAAUUAUCAGAAAUAGGCUAUCCUUUGGCCAGAAACAAGUUGUUGAAAAAAGAAUUGUCUUCUAAAGAUGUAGUGAAGACACUGCCUAAAGCCCUUAAACGACAGUCCAAACAAAGCAGUUAUCUGGAUGAUAGCACAAAGGAGCUUUCCCCAAGGAAGAAAGCAAAGCUAAGCACAACAUCAGUUGAGAACUUGGAAGAUGAUAUGCAGAUUGACUGUUUGAGUGAGUCAAAGCAUACAGAACUGCCAUUUUCAGAGUCAUUUGCCUCAAAGGAUUCAGUACCAGUGUCUACUCUCCAGAAAGGGACCAAACCUAUUCAGGCCUUGCUUGCAAAGAAUAUUGGGAACAAAGUGACCUUAACAAAUCAACUGCCCCCUUUCACAGGUAGAAGUGUUCCUGCUGUGGAAAAGCCAGCUCAGUCUCCUGCAGAAACAAGCCCUAUAAAGCCAGCAUCGAGCUGCCUCACCAGUACAAAAGGACCUUUACAGAUGGUUUACAAAAUGCCCUGUGGUCAGUGGCUGCCAGUAGACCUUCAUAGUAGUUCUGUCAAGAUUCAGAUGCAGCCUGUGGUGGAUUCUAAAACAGGAGAAAAGAUCAUGCAGCAAGUCCUUAUUCUGCCUAAGAAUUUUGUGAUUCAGCACAAAGAGGGAAAAGCAGUUGCAAAAGAGCUAGCAGCACCUCAGCAGAAGGGUGCAGAGCAGUGUUCCUUAGUGUCUGUUCCUGUCACCUCAGGAGGGACAGUUUCUACCCAACUGCUUAAUACAGUUUUCAGUAAGACAAUUGCUCCUUCAUCAAAUGUGAGUGCUAGAUCACAGCCCCUGUCACCUGUAACCUCUGUAAGUAAUACAUUAUCAUCACCCAUUAAGACUAGCCAUUGCGAAGCAGGGAAAGGCAAGAGUGCAGUUUCACCAGCCACAUUCCCCCAGCCUAUUACUUCACCCACCAUUUCCUCAACAGUUCAGCCUCUGUUACCAGCAACAACACUAAGUGAAUGCACAGAUCCUGGCAGUUCCCUCACCUGUUUCUCCCAGCAAACUGUUGAUUCCUCUGAGGCAAAGCAAGAACUCAAAACCGUAUGUAUCAGAGAUUCACAGUCAAUUCUUGUUAGGACUCGAGGUGGGAACACUGGAGUUGUCAAAGUACAAACUAAUCCAGAACAAAAUUCACCCAGCAGUUUAUCUUCAAGUUCCCCUUUCACCUUCGCACCUCAACUUCAGGCAUUUCUGGUGCCAAAAUCGACACCGUCCCCUGCUUUUUCACAAGGAGCUGGAAUGACUGCUACAUCUACUCCCCCAUCUUUCAGCCAAACGCCUACUUGUGUUUCUAUUUCAUGUGGCUUUCAUCCAUCCAUGGGGAAAAAUCUCAAACCCGUGUUAGGCCAACCCUCCAGCAGUGGCUGUGUGGACCCCGUGACAGAAAACACCUCACACAAGCCCUCUUCACCCUUGAAACCCUCCAUUUCUCCCAGCUCGCUGCUACCAUCAACAACAAAUAGUUCAGUUAGUGUGAUUAGCAUAUCACCAGGGAAUUUCGGGCAAACCAAUACAAAUGUCAUUCACACAAAAGCGCAACAAGUAGAUUAUUUCACAAAAAGUUACCAAGUUACAAGAUCGGAAGCAAUAAAUGGAGAUGUUCUCAGUGAGACUCCUGUUCAGAAACUCAUGCUAGUGUCAAGUCCGUCGGCUCUUCCUUCCAGCACUGCGUCUUCAGUUAAUAUGGCACCAGCACCAACAUCUACGAGUGUUUCCACCCAAAAAGUCAUUUUUAUUAAUGCUCCAGUUCCUAGUGGCACUUCAGCCUCAGCUAUUGUUGCAGAAUCAUUAAAACAGACACUUCCUUCUCCCUUGAAUAAAACUUACGUUAAGACUCCAGAGCAACCCCAAAUAGUACUAAUUCCGUCUACAUUAGGAACACCAAUAAAAAUCAAUUCUUCACCAACCGUGUCUCAGAUUAAAGAUGUGAAAAUUGGGUUAAACAUAGGACAAGCAAUUAUUAACCCUCCAGGAAAUCUGCCAGCUAUAUCAUCAGUUAAUAUAUUGCAAAGUAUAAUGCCAAAAGGAGAAGACAAAAGUAGUAAGGGCUAUGUUUCACCCUUGUCAACAAGUGGUAACUCAGUCCUAGCAAGCUCAAGUAUUGUGAGUCCGAAUCUUCCUCCUGUUAAUGAGUCAGUGGUUUCUGCAGCAAGAGCUACAAACAUGUUUUCAGGAACAGGAGCAAAUGUACCUUUGAGUUCCCUUUCAGUGACCUCAUCCUCUGCUUCAGCUGGGACUCGACCUCCUGUUUUAGUCAGUGGAACUGAUACCUCUUCAAGAAUUAUGCCUGUUUUGUCAAAUAGACUUUGCACAUCAAAUCUUGGAAACACAGUAGCUAUAUCAACUGUGAAAACAGGACACCUUGCAUCAUCUGUUCUCAUUUCAACUACACAACCCACUGUGUCUCCUAAAUGUUUGACAUCAGCUUUGCAAAUCCCUGUUACUGUCACCCUACCUGCACCUGUGACUACAUCUCCAAAAAUAAUCAACACGGUUCCACCUUCAGCAACAGUACCAGGAGCCACACGCCCUGUAUCUCUUUCCAAAAGACAGUUUCAGUCCCCAGGGACUUCAACUACAGUGCCAACAAAUUCAAACACAAAUAAACCUCAAGCUGAAUUACCAUCUCUCUCACCAAGUCCAAGUAAAAUAAUUACUACUUCCAACAUUGCUUCUAUGCCAAACCAGCUUAUGUCCCCUUCGUUAGUAAAAACAGCUUCUGGUAAUUCUGCUGCAGGUGGCUCUACCAUUCACACUUGUACACCACCAUUAAAUAUAACUAGUCUGGCAGGUGCCUCCUUUAGUGAACCUUGUAUUCAGCAAAAAAUAGUUAUCAAUACCAGUACACCUUUGGCACCAGGUACUCAAAUCAUGAUGAAUGGAGCCCGGUUUAUUGUUCCACCACAGGGUCUUGGAGCAGGGAGCCAUGUCCUCCUUAUCUCUACUAAUCCAAAAUAUGGGCCUCCCUUAGUUCUUAACAAUCCCCAAGGUAUACCGACGACACCAGUAGAUAAUCCUGUCCAGAAGAUCAUACAGACAUCAAAUCAUUCUCUAAGUGGCCCGCCUUUAAAGCAUUCUGUGAGAAACUCUACAAAGAUUGUAAACUGUCUUGGAAAUCCAAGUUCUUUCCCUGCAGUACAUUCAACACCACAGAUGGUAAACACACCUGCUAAAGUUUAUGUCCCACCUGCACCAACGGUGCCAUUGACUUCAGUGAUUAGGUCCUCUCCAGCUACUCUUUUGGCAAAGACAUCUUUGGUUUCUGCCAUUUCCUCCAAUAAUCCUCCACUGCCAAGUAGCACAUCGGUAUUUCAUUUGGAUACCUCUGUCAAAAAGUUACUGGUUAGCCCAGAAGGAGCCAUUUUAAAUACCAUAAAUACUCCAGCAUCUAAAGUAUCUUCAAUGUCUUCAUCUCUUCCUCAAGUUGUUGUAUCUGCUAGUCAAAAUCCUGCCUCUGUCUUCCCUGCUUUUCAGUCAUCUGGUUCAGAGAAACCUGACAAAGCUGCAUCUUGAAUUUAGACUAAAUGAGCCAGUUUUUAAAUAAUGGGGCAUUGUUUUAACUCCCAUAAAAAUUUAACUGUUUAUUAUUCUGUUGAAAACAUGCUGUUCAUACGUGUGUGUGUGUGUGU